UAGACUGCGGACUCCGGACGGUGACGGUCGGGCCAUCACUACGCUUACGGCUGCGAGGGUGACCAUAUCGUGCGCCCGGAUCAUCGUCCUCCUCCGUGCUCAAAAUCCGACACGACACGGCCAGGGUUCCGGGUAUUCCAAUUUCCUUCUCCGGUGGUGUUUUUGUGUCCUUCUUCUUCUUUUCGCUGCUGGUACAGCGUGCGCCUGUGGCACACAUAUCUGUUGCUUGGCCACACAAGCGUGUGUUGUGCUGCAGUUUGCUCACCUCAUCGUGGCUACACACAUCCGCUGGCUUCUGCACGGGUAGCUUCUUGUGUGCAGGUCAGUAACAUCCAGUUCUUAGCCAUCAGCCAACAACAGCUCGCCAGCGAAUGGAAGGAUCACGCCUGGAAGGAAACGGAGUUUGAACAUUGCUGGUCGUGAAAUUGUGUGAGUGUGUGUGAGAGUUUGUGUUGUGCAACGGGAUCAUAAAACAUGCUCCACGCUUCGUUGCUACCCCAAAGCGCUUAGAACCAACAAAACGGGCAGGCUGUGGCUCUGGGACGAGCGAAAAUAGGUCACACAUGCCGUAGCCGUAUCAUCCACAGCGCAGCUUUCGAAGCUCCCGAAGUCGGUGCAGUGUUUUGGGAGGGAUACAUGAUCCUCAGCCGUAAUAUAAUUAACACAGCAUUGUUGUGGUGCAGCUGUGAAGAGAGCGAAAAAAACGAGAAUAAUUGUGAAUUGUACGAGUGUGUGUGGGUGUUUGUGUGCGGUGCAUUGUGUAAGGAAAGUUGUGUGCUCGGCGUGCAAUGCCGUUUGGCACGCAGUGAACGCGCAUUUCAGAACGCAAACGAACCAAUUUGACGCGUACCCCGCGAAGAACAGCUUCGUGUACGGUGCUUUCUUGAGUGGGUGGCUUUGCUCGCUGCUCUAUCUAGUAGCCAGCGUAUAAUCGCGCUUGCACUGUGUUUUAUGCCGCCUCGCUCGGGCUGGUGGCUUUGUGGUGGAAAACAUGAGCAGCAAUAGAUCGGCGCUGGUGCGGAGUCCGUGGCUCGAUCGUCAGUGCGAGCCCCAGUGUUGUCGCAUCGAGUGUAGCUCAGCACCGUCCAGCCCUAGCUGGGCGUAGAGGGAACGGGGCGGGAGCGAGGAGCCGUUGUUUUCCUCCGACAUUCCCUCCGGUGUGUGUGUGCUCGGAUCGUUGAACACUCGCGUGGCAACAGAUGUGCGACCGUGCGUCCCCGCGCCUGGUACCCUGAACGAAAAAGUGCCCUUUUGCUAGCCUCGUCCCCGGGAUGGAGCUGGGCGGCGAAGUGUUUACGAUGGGGCUGGCCCUCAAGCUGCAGAAGGUGCCACCGGGCUCCGGGAUGGCCGAUUUCACCGAGCUCCGACGGGAAAACUCCAACACUGCCACCUUCGCCAGCGACUGGGACAGCUAUCAGAGUCCGAAUGUAGCGGUAGGCAACGACACGGCCGGCCCGUUCGAGGAGUAUGAACUGUUCUACCGGCACUCCUACACGAUGACCGCCGUCUACUGUGUCGCGUACUUUAUCGUCUUCAUCGUCGGGCUGGUCGGGAACAGUUUCGUGAUCGCGGUCGUCUUUCGGGCACCGCGUAUGCGGACGGUUACGAACUUCUUCAUCGUGAACCUGGCGGUCGCGGACGUGCUGGUGAUAGUGUUCUGUCUGCCCGCAACCCUGAUGAGCAACAUCUUCGUGCCAUGGAUGCUCGGAUGGUUGAUGUGCAAAACGGUGCCGUACAUACAGGGAGUGUCCGUGGCAGCAUCCGUCUACAGCUUGAUAGCCGUUUCGCUGGAUCGCUUCCUUGCCAUCUGGUGGCCGCUGAAGCUGCAGAUCACGAAACGACGGGCUCGGUUUAUGAUCGUGUGCAUCUGGAUCAUUGCCCUGAGCUCCACCGUGCCGUGGGCGCUGUUUUUCGACCUCGUGCCGAUCAUCCCGGAAGCGCCCGACAUCAAGCUGUGCGUCGAGGUGUGGCCACCUGGGACGGACGGGGCGCUCUACUUUCUGCUCGCGAAUCUUGUUGCCUGUUAUCUGCUGCCGAUGACGCUUAUCACCAUCUGUUAUAUACUGAUCUGGAUCAAGGUCUGGCGCCGCUCCAUACCGGGCGACUCGAAGGACGCCCAGAUGGACCGGAUGCAGCAAAAGGCCAAAAUCAAAGUUGUUAAAAUGCUUGUUGUAGUUGUUAUACUGUUCGUUCUUUCCUGGUUACCUCUGUACGUUAUCUUCGCCCGCAUCAAGCUGGGCGGGGCGCUCGAGAGCAGCGAGGAGGAGCUGCUACAGAUCGCCACCCCGAUCGCCCAGUGGCUCGGUGCGUCCAACUCCUGCAUCAAUCCCAUCCUGUACGCGUUCUUCAACAAGAAGUACCGCAAGGGCUUCGCGGCCAUCAUACGAUCGCGCAAGUGCUGCGGACGGCUGCGAUACUACGAAACGGUAGCGAUCGCUUCCUCCUCGACCAGCACGCGCAAGUCCUCGCACUACCACAACAGCCAGAAACGGGCCGGCGGCAGUCCCUCGGUCAAGUCGGCGGACGUGGUGUCGUACAUCUACGAGGAGAAGGGUGGCCGGAAGCACCACGCCAUCUCGAAGCAGAACAGCGACCUGUCGCGGCACAUGCUGCUCAAGCAGGACAGCAGCAUAUCGCGGCAGUCGCUGCUGCUGAAGCAGGAUAGUGUUGCGUCACGAUCGGCGAUCCUGUACCGGCAGGACAGUGACAAUUCGCGCCAGAUGCUGCUGAAGCAGGACAGCAACAGCUCGCGGGACAUGCUGUCCAAGCAGUGCUCGGCCUCGGACUCGAUAUCGCGCCAGGACUCGCAGAUCUCGUACAUCGAGCCGCCGCGCAAGGGCAUCCUGUGCAAGCAGGACACGCAGAUCUCGUACAUCGAGCACGGCGGCCCGGUCGGCACGCUGGCGAACGGUGGCGGCCCGCCCGCCCCCAACAAGAAGUACUCCGCGUCGCUCUCCUCCCAGGACAGCGUGCUCUCGAUCAUCGAGCACAAGCGCCACAAGCUGGUGAAGCAGGACUCGAUCUUUUCCUUCAACGAGCCGAAAUCAGUGUACGAAAGUGCCACGCCGGCCCCGUUCAAGCGGCACCAGCUCGUGAAGCAGCACUCCGUCAUAUCGUUCGCGGAUCAGAAGCGGGGCGGCAGCCUGACCAAGCAGGACUCGGUCACCACCAUACACCGGGCGGGCAAUGGCGAAGGGCCCUACAUUUCCUCCAUCCUGAAGAAGACCGAUUCGCAGUGCAGCUCCGCGUCACCGGUGCGCAAAAAUAUUGGAUUUUUCGAAGGUUAGGAAAGGCGAGCGAGAGUGAGUGAGACAGAGAGCAAGUAAGCAAAUCAUUUGAAUCAAAUCGAGAGAACUGAAAACUUUUAAAAAGUGUGUGAGCAGUAUUUAAUGUUUUACCACAAAGCAAGGGAGGAAAUGGACCCCAUUUUAGUGGAGAAGUACCGAAGGUGGUUCCAGAACGUUUUGGCCGCCACAUCGUAUCCCUGACCUGAGCAAUCCCCUUACCUUGUUCCAUUAAUCCUUACUCCAGAGGUGGUUUUUUGAGAGGUACGUGAGGGUCUAAUAUGUGUCCAGUGUGAAUUGCUUUUUUUACUACAUUCUAACUUGUUCUCCUGCCAGAUUACAUGUUCAAAUUAGGGAAAAACAUAUUUCAAAACCAAAGUAGCAACAUUUCUCCCUUGUUUUCUUUUAUGACAAUUGAUGCUCUCUCGUAAUUUAUCAAAGGCUUUCCCCUUAAUUUCGUAUGACUUAUACACAUACUUUAUUUAAUUUAGGAUAGCUGGGUUGCUUCAAUGAGUUUUUAUUUAGCGACUUUUUCUAACAAUAUCGUCCAUUGUUCAACAAUUGUUUUAAAAAUGAUGCUAAAAAUGCAAUUCGAUCCAAAGCUAACAAAAUGAUAAGGGAAGGUAUGCAAGGACCGACACUGCGGGUAAGAUGGACACUUCUCAUAAAUGCAUGAAAAAGGUAAUUUUCGAAUAAAUGAAUAAUGCAGCACCCAAACUGAAAGUAAAACAACACUUUUUGAGAACAUUUUUGGCAUAAAAUAUUCAAAAUUGGUUAAAUCCACGAACAAACCAAAUUUUCAAUCGUGCGCACCCUUGUGAAUCUAAUUUGACUACUGCAGGUCUUAAGCUAUGUAGUUUGCAUUGUUUAUAUUUUCGGAAGUUUUAUUGCGUGAGUGAGAUGUCGUGGUUAUUAAGCACAAAACUGGUGAAAGAACGAUAAUGAAAGUAAUAAAAAAUCUUGUUUUCUGGUGGUUUAAACAUUCUGACGCCAAAGGCGGGAAGGACGGACACUCUGUCGAAGGGAAAGAUGGACACCGAAUUUGUUGAUUUAUUUUACUUCUUCAACCAAUUGGUGAUAAAUCUAUUUCAUCAAACACCUGUAAUAAGGUUAUUUCGAAGAUAUAAACCAUUCAGGCAACUAGAGAAAGUAUUGAAAUUAACGUGAAAUGAAACACCGGUAAAAAUAGCAGCCAUGCGUUAUGCUAUUACUCGGUCGACGCUGGUGAGCCACUUCACAACCUAAUAUCUUGCACCGACUUGGACAACUUUAAUCAUCAAAACAAAGGAGCACUGAUAUGAAAUCGUGCAGGAAUAGAUGGACUAUAGGAUUACAAGCAUCAAAAAGUUCAAUCGUCAAUGAACAAAAUGGCUUCCCCUAUUAGCAAGUCCCUAAAACAUGCUUUGGUCGCGGACUUUCUGCGGAGUAAUUUCCUAAAGGAAAGUUCUAGACUGUUGUUCUGUAAGCUAGUACAACUUUAGCUGUUAAUGCCCGAUAUUUCAAUAAUGCAUUAGGUUCUGCAUUAUUCGAGGAGUUCCUAAAUUCAUGGCUGAAUGAAACGCCGUUGCAUUUGGCCAAGAAUUGGUUUAUGUACGUACCAAGACGUAGAAAUCAAUGGGAUAUGUUAAAAUACUAUAAAUCUCUUCAAUGUCCAACGUUUUCUACAGGUGUCCAUCUUACCCAUAUCAAGUAUCCGUCUUUCCCGAAAAUUUCAAAACUGCACGAAAAUAAAAACACUUUUUUAUUUCAUGAAAAAAUCAUAUAAUGCGAUAG